UUCCAACUGAAUGGACGUUGUCAAUAUAAAAGUUACGUGAACAUUGAAAUAAUAAAUAAAUUUUUGAAAAAUGGACAGGUGGAACAAUAGAAUUGCCGUAGUUACUGGUGCAAGUUCGGGCAUCGGUGCUGCUUGCUGCAAGUAUCUGGUGAACAAUGGUAUGAUCGUUAUCGGUUUGGCACGUCGUAAGGAACGCUUGGAUGCACUACGUAAUGAGCUCAAAGAAGACUUAAGAAAAAACUUUAAUGGUAUCAAAUGUGAUAUAAGUGAGGAAUCAGAAGUCAUUAAGGUAUUUGCUGAUAUCGAACAAAAUCAUGGGCCAGUUGCUGUGCUUGUUAAUAAUGCCGGUAUUGUACGUAGAACUGAACUGCUGAGAGAAAAUAAUACAGAAGAUAUUCGUUCUAUUUUGAAUACCAAUGUAAUGGGCGUUGUCUAUUGUACUCGUGAAGCAUUUCGCUCGAUGAAAAAGCACAAUAUUGACGGACAUGUUUUUAUUGUCAACAGUAUAGCUGGUCACAAAGUCUUGACCUUCCCGGGCUCAUCAAUGAAUAUGUAUCCGCCAUCAAAAUUCGCUGUUACCGCAAUGACCGAAAUUUAUCGAAAUGAGUUUUUGCUAUUCAAUACUAAAGUCAAAAUAACUAGCAUUAGUCCUGGUGCGGUUGAUACGGAAAUUAUCAGUGAGGCAGAUCGUAAAGCUUUCGGAAAUAUGCCUAUUUUGCGAUCAGAAGAUGUAGCUGAUGCUAUGAUUUAUUGUCUUCAAACUCCGUCACAUGUGCAGAUACAUGAAUUAACAAUUAAACCAGUGGGUGAACAAUUUUAGCUUUCCGAUUCAUUUUCAAUGAAAGUUGAAAAGUAUUAGCACUGGAUACCUAUUACCUUAUAAAUACCUGUCAAUUAUAAAUACUAACUGUAUUCUUUAUUUACACAUGCAUAUCUUGUAUAAAUUCUAUGAAGUAUAUUAUUGAAAUACUAUUCAACUAUAUAAAUUUUCUUUAAUAAAAGAAAUCAAAAAGAUUGCGAAAAU